UUCUUGUCCAAAAAUGAAAUGCAGAAAAACAGUCGUCAGCUUCCAUGUAACGUUACGUUAAGUCUGAUGCGGCUAGCUCAAUGUUAGCACGGUAGCAGUCAUGGUUGCCCUCUCCCUUGGAUAUUUCCCCCAUCACUAACUCAACAUGGGCAAGAGAGACAAUCGAGUGGCUUACAUUAACCCCAUCGCCGCGUCACGCGCACGGGGACCGGCAAGUAACGCCGGACCAACUAUACAAGAUUAUUUGAGCAGACCUCGACCAACAUGGGAAGAGUUAAAGGAGCAGCUGGAGAAGAAGAAGAAGGGCUCCCGAGCCUUGGCUGACUUUGAAGACAAAAUGAACGUGAAAUGGAGGAAAGAACUGGCAAAGAACAGAGAGAAGCUGUUAGCCGGGAGUGACAAAGAGAAAGACAAAAAGACAACGGAAAAGGAAAAAGAAAAGGAGGAGAAGAAAGAGAAAAAAGAGAAAAAAAAGAAAGACAAGAAGAAAUCCAACAGGCAUUCUUCAUCUUCCUCCUCCUCAUCGAGUUCUGAUUCCCCUAGCAGCUUCCUUACAGAGUCCGAAGAGGAUGAGAAGAAGAGUGUGAAAAAAAAGCGGAAGAGAAAGAAGUCAUCAGCCAGGAGAGCGUCGGACAGCUCGGAGGGAGAGUCUGAUGCUGAAAUCAAGAAGAAAAAGAAAAGAAUAAAAGAAGAGGGGGACAAAGAUAAGGAUGACACGAGUCGUAAAAGAAAAAGGAAGGCUGAGCGAAGUUAUAAAGACUCAUCAUCAGAGUCCUCUGCAGAUUCUGAAGGGGAAGAGGGACCCGACGCCAAGAAGAAAAAGAGAAGUAGCGAGGAAAAGGAGAAAAUAACGGACAAAUCCAAGAAGAAAAGGAAAAAGAAGCACAAGAAGCACAGCAGGAAAAAGAAAAAAGAAGGCAGCGUCUCAGUUGGACUCUGAGCGUCGUUACGGUUCUCUCGUCCUCCUGGCGGUUCACAAGUAGUGUUAUAUUGCUUUACCUAAAAAAGAAAGAAGCAUCCAGCGCUGUUCCUCUUGCUUCAGCGAGAGGCAGGCAGACCCGUGAUGCUGUGGUUCUGAGGGGGCAGUUAAAUAGAGGAAGCCACGCGUCCCUCUAAGUGGCAACUACCGGUACAUGUCUUCUGUUGAUUUCUCUACCACCAAUGGGUUUUUUUUUCGUUGCUUGUUAGUAGUGGUUCCUUCUACCAUGGUACUGAUGUUAACUCCUUCACCCCUCAUCUUUUGAGAUCACAAUGUGAAUGGCACCUGUUUUCGUCUUCGCACGUGUUGGCCCUCUCGGAGCGUCUCUCUCCGCCUAAUACCCGACGUCUUGCGUUCCCGAUGUGCCGGAUGAGGCUGCCUCGCGUGCAUGUAGACCAGACCUGACCUGAUGCCUCGCCAGCCUCAUAUUGAAGUUGGACUUAUGAUAUGAAAUGUGAGCUCCACAUUCAAACAUGGGAUAAUUGUUUUCUGAUAGACCGAUUGUUGCAGUGUAAAUGUAUAAACAAUGUCAUUAAUUAAUAAAGUAUUGUUUUAGCUUUCA